UUUAUUUUCCUGCGAAGGAAUCCAUCUGUACAGAUCUGACAGGAGGGAGGUGGAGGAGAGUGCGCGUGUGUGUGUGCGCGCGUGUGUGUGCGCGCGUGUCGGCCGACGGCUCCUUCUUCGCGUUCUUUGCCAACAGCCCUCAAUGGGUCUCCAGGAGGUACUGAAGUCUCAGUGGCUUCCCGAGCUGGCCUCGGACAGCGCUGACAGCCGCCACCCGCUGCGGGCGAGCUUCCUUCUCCGCCUCGGCGCCUCCUCCGGCUGGCCCCGGCGCGCUCUCUCCUUCUCUCCCGCGCUCGCCCUCUCGCCCUCUGGCGGGACGCGCGCUCCCGUUAGCUCUGGACCUGGUGUCUGAGCCGCUGGCACGAGCGGUGAGACUGUGGGACCAAGCGCCUGAGGCCCGGGCAGGGUCCCCGCGCCCUGUGAUUGGAGGAAGAGUCGCUGCUCUCCUGGCCCGAGCAGGUGCCAAAAGGGUGCCUUCAGUCCGCUCCGCGCUCGGAGCAGCGCGCGCAGUGUCCCAAGGCGCCCGCGGGCGCCCGACCACAGAGCACGCGUCCUUUCGGAUGCAAACGCCUGGGUUCCUGGCGCCUGAUGCCACCAGGAGGGCAGCGGGGCCCCAGGUACCUAUUACACCAUUCUUCGGCAAAAGCUAUUCAGCAGCGGUGACAUCUUCCAAUCCAACACUCUACAAAUUAUUAUCUCUGGACUCUCAGCUGACACCCUGCCGGAGGCAAGAGCUACUAAGCCAGCUGGAACUGUGCCUUUUCUCUUGUCAAGUUUUUUUUCUUACACAGGAAAAAGAAAAAAAAAAAAAAAGAGAGAUGAAGUUGGGCAAAGUGGAGCUCUGCCAUUUAUUGCAGCUAAUUGCUCUUUUCCUGUGCUUCUCUGGGAUGAGUCAAGCAGAGCUCUCAAGAUCUAGAUCAAAGCCCUAUUUCCAAUCAGGAAGGUCCCGGACCAAGCGCAGCUGGGUGUGGAAUCAGUUCUUUGUACUGGAAGAAUACAUGGGUUCUGACCCCCUCUAUGUAGGAAAGCUUCACUCUGAUGUUGAUAAAGGAGAUGGUUCCAUCAAAUACAUCUUGUCAGGCGAAGGGGCAAGUUCCAUUUUCAUUAUUGAUGAGAACACGGGGGAUAUUCAUGCUACCAAAAGAUUGGAUCGCGAGGAACAGGCCUACUACACUCUCCGAGCUCAAGCACUGGACAGACUCACCAACAAACCCGUGGAACCAGAGUCAGAAUUUGUCAUCAAAAUUCAGGAUAUUAAUGACAAUGAACCUAAAUUUCUGGAUGGUCCAUACAUGGCAGGAGUUCCCGAAAUGUCUCCUGUGGGGACUUCAGUGGUCCAAGUGACAGCAACUGAUGCUGAUGAUCCCACAUAUGGUAACAGUGCUCGGGUGGUCUACAGCAUUCUGCAAGGACAGCCAUACUUCUCAGUGGAACCCAAAACAGGCAUCAUCAAGACUGCCCUUCCAAACAUGGAUAGAGAGGCUAAAGACCAGUAUUUGCUUGUCAUUCAGGCAAAGGAUAUGGUUGGUCAAAAUGGCGGACUGUCAGGAACUACAUCAGUCACUGUGACCCUAACUGAUGUCAAUGAUAAUCCACCUCGUUUUCCUCGAAGGUCUUACCAAUAUAACGUCCCAGAAUCAUUACCAGUAGCCUCAGUUGUGGCCCGAAUUAAAGCUGCUGAUGCAGAUAUAGGAGCAAAUGCUGAAAUGGAAUACAAAAUUGUUGACGGUGAUGGAUUGGGAAUUUUCAAGAUAUCUGUUGACAAAGAUACACAGGAAGGAAUCAUUACUAUACAGAAGGAACUGGAUUUUGAAGCCAAAACAAGUUAUACACUACGGAUAGAAGCUGCAAAUAAAGAUGCAGAUUUCCGCUUUGUAAGCUUGGGGCCAUUUAGUGACACAACCACCGUGAAGAUAAUUGUAGAAGAUGUGGAUGAGCCCCCAGUGUUUUCUUCACCUUUGUAUCCCAUGGAGGUGUCAGAAGCGACCCAAGUUGGGAAUAUCAUUGGCACUGUGGCAGCUCACGACCCAGAUUCUGCCAACAGCCCUGUGAGGUAUUCAAUUGACAGAAAUACAGACUUGGAGAGAUACUUCAAUAUUGAUGCCAACAGUGGAGUUAUUACAACUGCAAAAUCUUUGGAUCGAGAGACAAAUGCUGUUCAUAACAUCACAGUCCUUGCAAUGGAGAGCCAGAAUCCAUCUCAGGUAGGAAGAGGUUAUGUGGCCAUCACCAUUCUUGACAUCAAUGACAAUGCCCCAGAGUUUGCCAUGGACUAUGAGACCAUGGUUUGUGAAAAUGCACAACCUGGCCAGGUCAUCCAGAAAAUCAGUGCCAUUGAUAAAGAUGAGCCAUCCAAUGGACACCAGUUCUACUUCAGUUUAACGAUGGAUGCAACAAAUAAUCACAACUUUUCCUUGAAAGAUAACAAAGACAACACAGCCUCAAUACUAACCCAGAGAAGUGGCUUCCGGAGACAGGAGCAAUCUGUUUACUAUCUGCCAAUUUUCAUUGUGGACAGUGGAUCCCCCUCACUCAGCAGCACCAACACCCUGACCAUCCGUGUGUGCGACUGUGACGCAGAUGGCAUAGCCCAGACCUGCAAUGCAGAGGCCUAUGUCUUACCUGCUGGCCUCAGUACAGGAGCCCUAAUAGCGAUACUUGCCUGUGUCUUGACAUUGUUGGUGUUGAUCCUCCUCAUCGUCACCAUGAGAAGACGGAAAAAAGAGACCCUCAUUUUUGAUGAAGAGAGAGAUAUCAGAGAAAAUAUUGUUAGAUAUGAUGACGAAGGUGGGGGAGAGGAAGACACUGAAGCGUUCGAUAUGGCCGCUCUGAGAAACCUUAACGUCGUCAGAGAUACCAAGACCCGGAGGGAUGUGACUCCAGAGAUUCAGUUCUUGAGUCGGCCGACUUUCAAAAGCAUCCCAGAUAACGUCAUUUUUCGGGAAUUUAUCUGGGAAAGACUGAAAGAAGCCGACGUUGAUCCGGGUGCUCCCCCAUACGACUCUUUGCAGACAUACGCCUUUGAAGGAAAUGGCUCAGUAGCAGAAUCGCUCAGCUCUUUAGAUUCCAUCAGCUCAAACUCUGACCAGAAUUAUGACUACCUAAGUGACUGGGGACCUCGCUUUAAACGUCUCGCAGACAUGUAUGGACCUGGCCAAGAGAGUUUGUACUCAUAGCCCUAGAACCUUAAUUUGAAAUGUACUGAAAAAAAGGUAACAUCAAAAAACACUACACACAGAAAGCAAGAACUCCAUGAGUUGGAAGAAAAUGGUUGUAAAUAUGUCUCCAUUUUUAACUGUUUAGGUUUCUGCCUUGGUGAAGCAUAUCUUCAUUAGACUUAUCCAAGGGACUGCACUGACCACAGACUCUGAGCAUUUGAAGGUUUUUUAAUAAAAAGAAAUUCUCAGCAGUUUGUGAAUAGAUAGCAACUCUAAUAUACCUGCAAAGGCACUUAACGUCCAUGAGUAGAUAGUGGCCUGUGUUACCAGUGAGCCAAUGGUGCCCCAGACAUACCUUCAUGGUACUGUCAGCAAGGAGGAAUAGAAUUAUUUCUGUGAGAGGAAUGUGCCGUCAAAAAGUCCUGAAAUUUCUUACAUUUCAAAACUUGGCACAAUUUAAUUUAUAGCAAUGCUUUUAGCUUGCUAAUAUGACAGAAUUCUGCAGAAUUUGAUUGCUGUUGGUUAGAAAAAAUAUUCUAUUUAGCAAUACAUAAAUUAUCAGAAUAUCAUUACCAAAUGAAAACCCUGCAAUAAAAGCCAGUAGAAAUUUUGUGUAAAUCAACAAAAGCCAUUGUUUGGCAAAAUAACUAAUGGAAUGUCCCAAACAAAAAAAGGCAGAUGAUUCUUCAAGUUGGUAAUAGCUUUGAGAUGCUUGUGUAGGUAUUUUUUUCAAAAGAAGUUGCUGUCUAUUCAUCACUUUUUUAUUAUCUCUUCUGAUUUGUACAGGAGAGUAUCUUUCAUUUUUUAUUUGACACAUGGUGUUAUAUUUAUUUUGGAGCUCCAAUCUUCACUAAAUUCAGGUCCAUCUUACUGCCUCAUAGUAUGAAUUUCAUCUGAACCUGCUGGUUUUUCUCCAGCCCGAGCUACAUGAAGGAGAUGAAGCAUGGAAUGGAGAAAUAAUCAUACAGCAAUUGAGCCCUGUCACAAUUCACAUCUCAAAGAGGAGCACAGCCACAAGGACGUACAAAUUGUUUUUCUGAGCCAUUAGAAUGUACAAACCAUUGAAAUAUAGUAUUUGUGUUUUAGAAAGACUUCAGAAGGAAUUGGGAUUUUCUUUAAUGCAAGAUUUAUUUUCCAAGACCAUUAAGUUCUGUACGUUCCAAAGAUGUUCAAGUAUUGGUUUCCCAACCUCUUUUGUUGUAAACAUAUUAAGUAAAAGACUGGAUUUUUAAACAAUAUAACAGAAAUUUUAAAUUUAUCUUAAAUUCUAAUGCAAAGGUUUCCCUCAAGAACUAGCCAAGUGUUGUAUAGUUUCUCUUGUGCUUUAAAUGUGCCAAAGUGAAGAGAGUAAUUGCAAGUAAUCAUUUGUGCUUAAAUUUGAGAUGAAUAUCUCAGUGUAAGACUUUUUUUUAACCAAAAUAAUAUUUCUACUUAUUUUUUCUGAGAUUAGUACUUGUUUAAUGUGCUUCUAAUCAAGUAAGAAUGGAUUUAUUUUUCCCUUAUAUUCUGCUAAAAAAAACCAACACAAUUCAUUGUUGGGCUCCUAACAACUUUACAGAUAAUGAACGCUGUGUAGGAAAUUGUGUUCUAUAAGUACUUCAUUCUAAAAGGAAGCUCUGGAACCAGAAUAUUAAUAUGCUGAUUACAUAAAGAGAAGCUACGUAGGAUUAUGUGAAUUUAAAGUCCAUAUUUAGAAGUGCAGUAUGUGAAAGUGGCCUUCAGCUUCAUAAAAAUAAAUAAUUCAAUAAAUUUGACUAUGUACAAAGAGUCCUUUAAUUUAAAUAAAGUUUUCUAGAUGAUUCAUGACAAGAUAGAUAUGCUUCUUGUUCUAUGAAUAUGCAUAUAUAAAAAUAAUUUUAUAACAGUGUAAAAGAAACUGUUUCUCUCAUUUAGUCAUAUGAGCAAGUUUUCCACAUUAAAAAAAAUAGUACACUUACCCAGUUCAAUAAAACCAGGCUGUGGUUCAGGAAUUAUAUAGUUGCUAAAUCAGCAAGGUGCUGAGAAAACAGUUUUCUAAUAAUUCCCUUGUUGUCUGAAAGAAGAUAAAAUAGUUUAGUACAUUUAGAUUAUGGUUUCAAAAAUGCUGAUUGUUGCAUACAUCACUGAAUAAAGGUUUGGAAAUACUGUAGAAAAAGCAUGUCACAUUAUACACCACAUUGUCUCUUCUUUUAAAAUGUAUGCAUAUUCUCCUUUUAUUUUAUUUCCCAGUAGUAGAUUGAGAAAAGAAAGAUUCAAGUUUGAAAUUUUGGCAUAUAUUCAAUUGUUAUUUCUGUGUAAAAUAUUGCAACAUAGUAUUGAACUUGGUUCAAUACUUGCUUGAGAAGUCUGAAAGUCCCUACUACAAUAGCAUUUAUCCAAAGUACUUUAGGAUUAAUUACAGUAGAAUUAAAUUUUUUAAAAUUUGGUUUUAGCUUUUCUUUUUUUUCUAAAAUUUAAUGUUAAAUAUUUUAUGUAAUCCUUCAGAGAUAGGCUUUCAUUUCUUUUAAAAAAGGUAUUGGAUUAGAUGAUUGAUGAAAUCUAUCUUUAAACUAAUUGUUUUUCUCCAAAUAAUCAUUUAGAUGAGAAGCAGUCAGAACCAGCUCUCAAGAUUCAUUCAUGUACAUCUCUUUCCAUGACCACUUAGGGUAAUCCUUUUGAGUAGGUUGAUGUCAGCCAUGUUGAGAAUGUCUAGACCUCCAUGGUAAUCACCACACACUACCCAUUUUUUUCUCAAUUAAUCACUUGUUGAUGCUUAUCAAAACUGUUGUUCUUAAGUUAUUUUAUAAAAAGUGACCUCAUGGUCAUAGAUACAGUAUGAAUGAACAGAAUAAAAAACAAUGACUUGCAGGAAACUUAUACUAUCUUAUAAAUAUGGAUGCACAAGUAAGUGAUUUCCUCAUAAAAAAUCUUUGGAUGUAUUUUUUUAAAAAAGGGAUGAUUAUAUUAUGAAGAGAUAUAGCUUAACAACUUUAAGUUCAAACAAUAAUUUAGGACAUCAAUUAAUUUAAAUAUUGUCUAUUUAAUCUAUACAGAGGUACUAAGAUGUACUCAUUAUGCACAAAAUAAUGUGCAUUUUGAAAAAUGUAUUUCUUUAAAAAUUAAUUACAUUUCAGUUUUUACUUUUUUAUGUCAAGAAACUACUCCCAAACACCAAUUGUGGGUUGUUAUUUUUGCAUAAUUGUAACCCAGCAUAAAAUAAGGAAACCAAAUCUUACUGAAAAAGUCUCAGGUCAAUUAUAAUCUUGAUUCCCAGAUCAGUCUCUCUUAUAAAGCAAUAUUUCAAGAUCAGCAACAGACCCAAAUCAGAGACAUUAAGGAAACAUUAGCCAAAUGUAAACAAUGUGUAGAUUUUCGGCAAGCAAAUACUAUGUGGACCUAGUAAAGUUUUGUUUUUUUUUUUCUUUUUCUUUGCCAUGAAGCUCCAUAAGGCUGUCUGCAGUUGUGGUUUGAUAACAAGAUAUGUACAGGAAGUAAGAGUGUGCAAGCGAUGAUAGCUGCCUUUUCACUCUGCACUCUGAGAAGGUUUUAAAUUAUUUUAACUUCAUGCACAAUUACAUUUACUACACUGGAUGAUGAGCAGACAUAGGCAAUUAUUCUCAAGCAUAUGUAAUAGUUGUACAUGAUAUGAGUAGUAUUGGUAAUAAGACCCACAUACUUAAAAAAUGCAAAAGCUAAUAGAGUGUCAGCAUUUAUAUUCAAAUAUAAAAUCUAAAAGAACUUAAACUUUUAAAUAUAUUGCAAGAGGCAAAACAAUUAAGCUUCAGUAUUUUAAAGUGCUUAAGCACCGGCUAUAAAUAUUAAUCUUUAUAUUUUCAUUUUAAUUUGACAUCUAUUGACUUAGAAUCUGUUCUAAUUACCAUAAUUGUUUUUUUUAAAUAAUCAUUUAAGAGUUUACUUAGAGUUAAUGUAAUUAUAGUUGAUUAAAGCUUCAACUUACUCUUGUAACCAUUUUUGGAAAGACAUGGCAGGAGGCAGGUGGAAUAUGUAUGGUAAUAGAGAAGCCAAAUUAUUUUCUGUUAAUCUAUGUUUUUGAUCUUACAUAUGCAGGUACUUUUAAUCACUAAUAAUGUUUAUUGUGAGAUAUACAACAGUGUAUGAAAGCUUAGCGAGGAAAGGUAGUAUAAUCAUAUUAGCUGUCUAGAUAUAAUAAAGAGUAACAAAGAACUAAUAGCAUUUGCAUUUUUAAUAUAAUUCAAUGAUUUUUUUUCAAAAUGGGAUCACCCCUAGACCAAAUGGAAAGUAUAUGAGGCUAUAAUUGGGCAAACGCUGCAGUGUAUAAUUCUAUGGAUACUUUUUUAAGCAAAAGAAGAUCAUAUGUACAUGUAAUCUUCUGACACUUUUUCAUUGUAAUGAUAAAUGCUACUGGCUCAGAUUUAAUGGAAAAGGAUAUGUGCUUCUGUGCUGUGUGUGUGUGCGUGCCUGUGUGCGUGCCUGUGUGUGUGUGUGUGGGAGAUAUUGCAAAGUAUGUCUUAAUCAACCUUAAUAAAAUAAGUCUAAUAUCAUCUAACACCAGUAUGUAAUUAUCAUUUUCCUAGAAAAUCUGGUACUGACUAAACGGAGAAGUAUUUUAUUUUUUUGACAAUCUAAUAUAUAUUUGGAGAAGGAUUUUGGUAGCUAACAGAAAAUGACUUACUGGUUAAUGUAAUUGCCACAUUUUAUUUUUAUUGUGUGAAUAUGAACUCAAGACUAACACAGACAAUCAUUUGCGAAUUACCAUGGAACGUCACCUUCUUAGUAUCAGUGCUGUGUACUAAAAAUUACCCUGGUUUGUGGUUACAGAAUCUAGGUCAGAGGCUCAAUGCAGGCUUGUUUUUGCUGAGCCUAAUACAUUAUUCUGUUUUGCUAAACUUUUAUAUAUUCAUGAUUAAAACUGAGUUAAUGACUAUUUUGUCUAUUUCUGAGGCUUGUGAGAUGAUUAAGUGAAGGUACUGUACUCUGUAAUCUGUAAAACACUGUGAAAAUGCAAGGACUUCUUAUGAAACAUUAUGAAAAUUAUGUUAAAAGGUUGAUUGUAUUUAUUAUUAUAUGGUAAGCACUGAUAAUUUCUUUUGGAGGAAAUAUGCACUGAUGAAGAAUACAUGCAAUUAGAACCUUAAACUAGGAAAAAUUAUUGAAAGAGAGACAAUUGGUAUAAUUAAUUGAAAUCUGACUUUAAAACCUUUAAGUGUUUAAAGUUUAGGGUCUAACAUGAGCUGAUUCAAUUAUUUAAAAGAAUUAGAGAUCAAUGCCAAGGAAUUACAAAUAAAGAACAAUUCUUUCUAUUCAUUGUGAUGACUGAAUGGAAGAGAAAGAGUUUUAGAUGAUUCCAGACUCACUGCAGAAAUAAAAAUACACCCAAAUAACAUUAUUAAAAUAAAAUAUUGAGUAGAAUAGGUAGCUAUACAGACAUUGAGAAUAGAGAAAAAUAAGUGAUUAUGUAGGCAAUUUGAUAAUUUUAUCAAUAACUGACAUAAUUAUUAAUUCAUAUACUUCAAUGUACUAAAAUACAGUAAAAUUAUGAUUUAUCAUUAAAAACAUUCUGAGUGCAAUAUACUAUUGUUUUGAUUCUAAUAUCUUACAAUGAUAUAUCUUAGCCUUUUAUAAAUGAAACAAUUAUA